AUGGCGGCGGAGUGGCCGCUACUGGCGGAGGAGGAGGAGGAUGAGGCGGAGGUGGCGCGGGCGUGGCGCGCCGUGGAGGCGGUGCGCGUGACGGCGGACGUGGCGGCGGCGGCGCGGCACCUGAUGGCGCUGCUGCGGCGAGUGCAGGCGCACGGCGGGCUGUGCGACGAGGGGCCCGCCCUCGAUACCGCCAUCCGCAGGUACGAGCGGUGCUGGCUGCAGCUGGCUGGGCGGCUGAGUGACGACGAAAUGUGCCGCCUGCUGCCGCCCAUUGACGUGGAAUGGGUUUGGCUCUGCCACCGCCUCAACCCCGUAUUUCCCGAUCGGCCUGAUGUGUUGCCAUGUGCUCUCUAUCAUCCCCCCCUUUACUCCCACCCUUCACUGCAUCGCAUGAAUCUGCUUGCCACUGCCUUCCCAUCCCACUGCCUUCCCAUCCCACUGCCUUCCCAUCCCACUGCCUUCCCAUCCCACUGCCUUCCCAUCCCACUGCCUUCCCAUCCCACUGCCUUCCCAUCCCACUGCCUUCCCAUCCCACUGCCUUCCCAUCCCACUGCCUUCCCAUCCCACUGCCUUCCCAUCCCACUGCCUUCCCAUCCCACUGCCUUCCCAUCCCACUGCCUUCCCAUCCCACUGCCUUCCCAUCCCACUGCCUUCCCAUCCCACUGCCUUCCCAUCCCACUGCCUUCCCAUCCCACUGCCAAACAUGAGGCGUAUGGCAGGGAGUGCGAGGCCAGGGUGGGGCGAGUGGUGGAGCAAGCAGUGUUUGACACCAGUGAGUGUGACCCCUCUCAUCUCCCUGCUACCAAUCAUGCUGCCUGCAGCAGCAGCAGCAGCAGCAGCAGCAGCAGCGGGGACGGGAGGGAGGCAGCAGAGGCAGCGACGCGGCGGGUGUGGGACAGGCUGUUCCCUCACGAGCCCUACGACCUGUUCGAGCCUCGCAGAGCCGGCAGCUCACAGCACGGCGGGGGGGUUGGCGAUGCUGACGAUGACGGUGCGAGGGAGAGCACGCAGUGCGGGCGGGGGAAUGAAGACAGAGGGGAGGCGCAAGGGGGGCCGGCGGGGGAAGAGAGGGGGAGCUUCGGGGAGGGCCCUCGGUGUUGCAAUUUUGGCGCAGGAGCAAGGUGCAGCCUAGCAUGCGUGGAGGGGCGGAGAGGCGAGGGGAGGGGCGCGGAGUCUCGUGGUGAGCCUGCAGGCGCGUCAGAGGGCUCUCUGAGAGGCAGCAGGACGGCAGAGGCCUCCAGAGAACCGGGCGCGGUGGAUUUGCUGGCAGGCGCAGGGGUGGAAAGCAGAGAGGCGGCAGAGGGUGCAGGAGAGGGGCAGCACGUGCAGUACGACCUGAGGGCUGCUGUGCUGCAACAGAGAGGGCUCUUCCUCGAGGUGGACCGGCCGUGGAUGGUGCAAACGGCAUACCUGAGGGGGUCAGUGCAGCGCUACCGCAUGUUCCUCUGCCUCUUCAAGUCCAACCCAGCGACACCCCUCACACCCACCUGUGACAUCGACCUCAUCUGGCAUGCCCACAUGAUGUGUGCACGUGCCUACGCCACGGACUGCCACCACCUGGUGGGUCGCCUCAUCGCGCACCACGACUCCCUCUCGCCCACACCCGCCCUCGCGCCCUCCGCCCUGGCCUGCUCGCCGUGCGACCUGGCGGGCCCGCGCUCACCGGGGCCACGGCAUCUGGAGGCGGCGCACAGGGCCACGGCGCUGCUGUGGGAGCGCACCUUCGCCGUGCCCUUUGCGCGCGCAGGGGCCGUGCCCCCUGCUCACGCAAGCUCCCUGCCACCGGCUAUGCGCAUGGGCGGGGCAGCUGUGGGCCACGAGCAGCAGGCAACGGCAGAGGGGGCAGGCGAGCAGGAGGGCUCAUGGGCAUGCAACCAGUGCCGUUCAGACACUGCCGCAGGGGCAGACGUGGAGAGGCAGCAGCAGCGCCAGCACACGGAGCAGCAGUUGAGGAGUAGCAAGAAAGCAGAUGCGGACAAGGAGAGUGUGGGAAGCGGGGGCACAGGCGAGCAGGGGGAAAAGGUGCGGCGCAUGGCAGUGGCGGGGUGUGUGAGUGCGGGUGAGGCGAAUGCAGGGCUGGGGCUGUGGCAGCGCAGCACAGUGGACGUGGAGGUGACCGUGUGGACCGUGAGAGGGCUGCUGCUGCCCGCCCCUGACUGCCUCUCCGUCUCCCUCUCCGCCCUCCAUGCCGCCCCUGCCUUCUCCGCCCGCACGCCCGCGCUGCCCUUCCAUCCGGCAGCCCCCCCACCGCGCUGGCGCCACGGCUUCUCAGUGCAGGCGGAGGUGGCCUCAGAGGGGCUGCGGCUGAGCCUGCACGCCCACUCGCCGUCGCUGCUCUCCUCACUGCUGCCCUGGCUGCUGCCCCCCGCACCCCGCGAGCUGGGGUCAGCGGUGCUCACGUGGCACCGCCUGCUGCAGCACCCCUCGCUGCUGCUCCACUGCCUGCUGCCCCUCGCCCCCCCAGGCUGCACCCCCGCUGCCUAUGCCGCUGCCACAGCCCCUCUCACUGCAGCCAGCACAGCCGCCACAGGGAGCAGUGGCUUGGUGGCGAGGGCAGCAGAAGAGGGGGGCGUGGAGAGGGUGGGUGGGGCCGGAGGCAGGGCAGAGGGCAGUGUGGGAUGUCCGGCGGGGCAGGCAGGGCUGCAGGUGGGUGUGUCUCUGACCCCUGCCACGGCAGCGCCCUUCCUGCUGCGCGCCGUGCCUGUGUGCACCUCUGAUGACCGCGGGGCCAUGCUCUGUGCCUCCCUGGCUCAGCACCGCCCUCAGUGUGGAGAGCAGGCGGGGCGGUGGGUGUCGCGCACGGUGCUGGACCACAGGGGCGUGGAGGCGUUUGUCAUGCGCACCAGGUGGGAGGCGUUUGUGAUGCGCACCAGGUGGGAGGCGUUUGUGAUGCGCACCAGUCCAUCCCCACUCAUCCAUUUCUCUUUGUCUUCCCCUGCCCCCCACCCCCCACCUCUUUCUGACUUUGUCUGUUGCCCGGCACCACUUCUUCCCCACUCCCUGGAGCCGUGGAGCAGAGUGGCAGAGGGAGUGUGGGAGGACCACAAGCGCCCAAAGCCAGGGGGUUGGAGCUAUGUGCCCACGGACGCCACGCCCUUGCCCCUCACCGCCCCCCUGCAUGAGCGCGUGGGGGUGUGCCGCGGUCCAGUGCUGGCGCAGGCUGUGCCUCGAGGCGGGGGAGGGGUGCGGUCGGGACAUGGAAACGGGGAGAAGGAAGGGGGAGGGGUGGGUGCAGGGGGGGGGCUGGUGGUGCGCUAUGCGCUCAUGGGAUGCUUGCCUGGUGCAGCAAUGGCGGAGCUGGGAGUGCGGUGCAGAGUGGUGGAUGGGGCGCUGGUGCAGGGCUCACUGCAGCUGGAGCUGCAGGAGGAGGGCGGCCAUCAGGUGGCGCUACUGCCGGGCCGGCACCUGUCUUACACUGUGUGCGGGGCGGCAGCAGCAGAGGAGCACGGCUUUGCCACGCUUGUGCGAUACACUGGGGGGCCCGGGCUGGCGCGCGCCACAGCGCUGCUCAACUGGAGGGGGUGCGUAGUGGAGGUGGCACGCGAGGAGUCGGUGGCGCUGGCGCUGCUGCUGUGUGUCGCCAUCGCUGAGGCGCUGCACGACAUGCUCGCUGCACCGCGCUGCAUGUGCUUCAGGCCCAUGCUCCUGCCCAACCCCGAUCCCGACACGCACUGGCAGGCCCUGUGCCUCAACCACGGCUCUCAUGCCCCCUCCUCCGAUGCGGCUAGGCCCAGCCGCGGUGGCAGAAGCGAGGAGCGAGGGGAAGAGUCAGGGUGGGCAAUGGGGGAGCAGGCAGAGCGGAGGUGGUGGGAGCAGCGACCCCUGGCAUGGAUGCCUGGUGCUGCCAGCUGUGAUUUCGGGGCUUGUGGGCCCAGCUUCACUCAUGGAUAG